AUGGUCAGUGAAUGGACAAAUAUGAAUGUUGCUAUCGUUCUCACAAAUGAACCAUCUGCAAGUUAUUCAUUACCUAACGGUUUUCCAUGUACAUGUAAUUAUGUGGCAUCAAUCAUUAGCCUCUCAAAUGUGUUGGCGAUUUUAAUGGGACAUAAGUUGGUGAUGAUUAAUCAGGUUACAAAUAAGCUUCAUCAUAUCGCUACUGUACAAAUACAUAUCCAUUUAGUUCUACAAAAUCCAUUGUUACCCAUCAUGCAAUGGAUGGAUAGAUCGUCUUCUAUCGUCCUAAUAGAUGCUAAUAUAUGUCAAGACAAUAUCAGCAAUAAAAAUAUGGAGGGCGCAUUUGCAAUCUGUAUUCUGAUGAUGAAAAAUGAAACGACAGAUCUACGGACUUUAAGACUCAAGUGA